CCUGGGCGCGCGGCGCCUAGGACGCGCAUUGGCCGAAGCCGGGAGCGAGGCGGGGCUUGGAGGCGGGUUUAAGAGCGCGCCGCAGGUUGGGCCACGCGUGUCCGAGAAGGUUCAAUGGCGUGGCAGGGGCUGGCGGCCGAGUUCCUGCAGGUGCCCGCGGUGACGCGGGCCUACACGGCGGCCUGCGUCCUAACCACGGCUGCUGUGCAGCUGGAGCUCCUCAGCCCCUUCCAGCUCUAUUUCAACCCGCACCUCGUCUUCCGGAAGUUCCAGGUCUGGAGGCUCGUCACCAACUUCCUCUUCUUCGGGCCCCUGGGAUUCAGCUUCUUCUUCAACAUGCUUUUCGUGUUCCGCUACUGCCGCAUGCUGGAGGAGGGCUCCUUCCGCGGCCGCACGGCCGACUUCGUCUUCAUGUUUCUCUUCGGGGGCGUCCUCAUGACCCUGCUGGGGCUCCUGGGCAGCCUGUUCUUCUUGGGCCAGGCCCUCACAGUCAUGCUGGUGUACGUGUGGAGCCGCCGCAACCCCCAAGUGAGGGUCAACUUCUUUGGCCUCCUCACCUUCCAUGCACCAUUCCUGCCCUGGGCGCUCAUGGGUUUCUCGCUGCUGCUGGGCAACUCGAUUCUCGUGGACCUGCUGGGGAUUGCGGUGGGCCACAUUUACUACUUCCUAGAGGAUGUCUUCCCCAACCAGCCUGGAGGCAAGAGGCUGCUGCUGACCCCCCGCUUCCUGAAGCUGCUACUGGAUACCCCACAGGAGGACCCCAAUUACCUGCCCCUCCCGGAGGAGCAGCCAGGACCCCUACAGCAAUGACCCUACCCAGGGCCAGCCCCAGGGCCCUGUUUUCCUGGCCUCUGGCAGGCCUCCAUCCCACCCCUAUCUCCCACUUACAGGGAGAGCAACCUGUCCUGGAGACCGGGCUGGUGUUCAGGGCCAAUUCAAAUAAACAGAAUGACCUGCAUUUCUCUGCCCGCAGCACUGGCUCCCUGCCUUGGCUGGCCACACCCUUCCAUGCUGAGCAGGUGCUGUUGGCCUUGACCUGAGGCCACCAAGCCUGGCCUGCCCUCUCAGGCCAACUGUAGAUGGUAGGAUGGGAGACCCAGAGGGGCUCAAGAACCUGCCCAAGGUUCCCCAGCAGCUUUGAGCUUAUAGAUAAGCUUGGGGUUCUCACUCCAACUUUGCCAGUGCCUCAAUGGAGCUUCAUGCAAAUCCCACCCGCACGAAUUUCUAUUCCCUGCCAGGCAGCAAGGGACUUGCCGAGGCCUCAUUAGCUGGGAUGUCCCUGUCAUGCCAAGCCCAGUCUGCAGCCCUCAGGCUGAUGCCGCAUUUGGCUCUUCCUGUCCCUCAUCAACAACAUGUGGACCUUUACCCCACUUUCUAGCAGUUAAUGGACUUGGCCACGGCUCCAUGGGGUCAGGUGCAGCACAGGGCCAGGAUGGGGUUCUUUGCCCUUCUUGUGACCACAAAGCUUUGAGAAAUUUUUACUGCGACAGAGUUCUACAAAGUUCUCUCCCUGCUGUUUUUAACUGAGGACCAUGGGAGCCUGAUCUGAUCCCUAGCAGGCACCAGACAACAUGGCCAACUUUCCUUAUUGCCCUAGACCCGUCUGAAUUACGGUAUUUUUCCCAGAUGAUCAGCAGCAAACAUAAGGGCUCCUCCAGCCAUAGGUUGUCACGUUCACAGAAAACACAGGUAUUCACCAUGCAGUCUGACCUUAAUUUUGUAGGGAAACCUUGUGGAGUCACAGCUGGCUCUGCAGCAAUGUGGGUCAAGAGUGCUCAAAGUGAGGGCUCAGCCCCUGGGCCUGAUGCACCGGCCCACCCAGAGGGGCUGAGGUGGGAAGGAUUCAUUCCAUCCCAUCAGUUGUAGGGGCACACGACCAAGCAAACCCUUCAGCAAGGGAGCCCAUUUGUCUCCACGGCCAGGGAAGCCCAGGCCUGGAAUCUUCCUCUUUGUUCAAGGCCUCACAUGAAGCCCAACUGUCUCCUAAGUGUGGGCCUCCAGUAAGUUGCACUCCUGGAUGAAGGGCAGGGGGCUUGAGUACAGACUCCCUGGGAGCCAGGAGCUGUCAUGUCCCAGGACAUCAGAGGACCCCCAGCCCAGAGGGCCAGGCGCAUCUACCCUGGCAGUGAAGACCCCAAUUCCUACUCAGAGCUCUGCCCUCGGCCAGUGUGGGACUCAGACUGGGAGCCAGGAGCCUCAUGCCGCUGCCAGGCUCCUGGGGGGCAGAGCAGCCCUGACCUGCAGGGAAGACCUGGCAGCAGCUGAAGGCACCAGCCCAGUGCUGGGUGUCUGGGCCUGUUCUCCCCGGUAAGACUGGCUAUGUGCCCAGUCCACCAGCCAGUGCUCGGCACAGUGAGUAGACCCACACAUGCCACCCUCAUGGAGCCCACAUCCCUUCUGUGGAGUGGGGACACUUCCACGUUAGACAAGAAGCGGUUCAUUGGGGGCAGAGCUGAGAUGAAGCCCAGGGCUAUGCCUUCUUCUCAACACACCAUAUCACCCCACAGCUGGCACCAGGCAGCAUGCUGCUCCACGUGCCUUAUUCCUCACGACUGACCUGACAGAGAGGAGCUGGCCUGGCUCAUGGCACCAGCCAGGGGUGGAGCUGGCCCCAACCACCUGCUGCUGGGAGGUGUGUCAAGAGCGGUGCACAUCGGCCAGGGCUGAAACAGCCAGUCACAGGCCCUCGGGCAUCCCUGCUGGUGAUGCCCCUGGAGCCUCCACAGAGGACACAGCUGUUGCAAGGGGCUCCAGGGAAGCAAUGCUCCU